CACUUCCUUUCUUUACAUACCAGUUAAAAUGUCUCUUAUCGUGACUGGUGCUGAUCGUUACUCGCCGGACAAGCUGCCACAGCUUGAGGCGUAUGUUGAUGAGCAGGUCGCGAACCGCUCAUGGAGCCUGGAUGCUAAUGUUACGCUGCUGCGCUUCUACCAGUUCAGCCCGGCCAGCGUGAAGCCUGCCAUUGUCGCUAAGGUGCUUAUCAAGGCGAUCAUGCAGGCGCCCGCGCAGGACUACAAAUGCUGCAUCACGCUGCUUCCAGAGCGCCUGCUGCAGUCUGACGAGUCGGUGUACAAGGUGGUGCAGCUCGCAAACGCGCUGGAGACCAGCCGCUUCGGCGACUUCUGGAACGCGGCCAACACCUGCCGCGACCUGCUGGGCGGCAUCCCCGGCUUCUACGAGUCGGUGCGCGGCUUCAUCGCGCACACGCUGGUGCACACCUACGGCCGCGUGACCAAGCGCACGCUGGCGGACUGCCUAAAGCUGGAGGGCGCCACGCUGGAGCAGUACCUGUCUGAAAAGUGCAAGUCGGCUGGCUGGAGCAUUGUCAACACGCCCGCUGGCGAGGUGGUGGGGCUCCCCAAGAACGACGACAACCAGUCGGUCGUGAAGCGCACCCAGGAGCUCAUCCGCUUCGACCAGGUGGCGCCCAUGCUCAAGGCCGUGACCGUGGGCUUUUAAAUCAACGCUACUACUGAAAUUACUUGACGACACGACCAUGACAGCAUGACACACAACCAUUACUGUCAGACUCUUCUAGGCAUUAGAUAGAAGACCGUUGGAUCCCGGUAUGCCCAUCGGGUUGUAGACUUGAGUGCGUGAAGGGCAUUCGUUGAGAAGCCGUGCCCCGCCUUGGGGCGGUCCGCACACGCAUGCGAAGGCAUCGCAGAAGGCGUUACUGUACUGACUUUGUUCGGCGGUAUGGCACCCCAUUACAAAGGAGGCUAGCUGGAAUAGUACACGGCGCUUAUGUAGCCAGCUGCUGGUGGCGUGUAGCGAGCUUAACGGGAGCCAUCGCCUUGGCCAAGCCACGACAGCAGCCCCUUGACGGUGCUGCCUAGGUUCUCCGCAGCGGCGACGCUUGCACUGCGCGAGCCACCGCCGCUGCCCCCCGCGCCAGGGCCGCUGGCACCGCCAGACUCGCUGCCGCCUGUAGGAGCCGAGCCGCCGGUGCCGGGGCGCGGCGCGCCUGCGGACGGGAUGUUGCUGCCGCUGCUUCGCUGCGGGCUGUUGUGCGCCGGCUGCCCAGUGACGCUGCGCCACAGGCGCUGCAGCUGGUCCAGCGGGCCGGGCGGCGGCCGCUUGGCGAUGGAUGCAGCGCGCUCGGCAAUGUCGGC